CAGAUUACUUCGCCGAUUAGGAAGACACGAAAAUAUUACAGAAUACCAUGGCGUUUAUCUGACACGUGACCGCUAUUACUUUGCCAUUGUGAUGGAACUGUUACCGUACGGAGAGCUUUUAGAUGUGCUUGCGCAUGCCAUGGCGAGCAACUAUGGCGAGCCCCAAGUAGCGAUUAUCUUCCGGCAGGUGGCAUCGGCCGUUGAUCACUGUCACCGCAAUGGCGUUGUGCACGCAGACCUCAAACUAGAGAACAUCUUCUGCCUCUCAGCCAAUGUCAAGACGGUCGAGGCCCUUAAAAACGCCACACUCAAACUAGGUGACUUUGGUGCAGCCAUUGAGUUGGAAGAGGGUAAAUUUGCCACAGGUGGUGUGGGCACAUUCAAUUACAUGCCACCUGAGCGCCUACUACAGCAGGGAUUUACGGAGAAGGCCGAUGUUUGGGGGCUGGGUGUGCUGUUAUAUGCGUUGAUUGCUGGACGCCUGCCAUUUCCUGGCCAAGAUCGACAGACAGUACUACACUGGGUCAAACAAGGGCCCGACAUGUCGCUGGACGAGUUUGCGGCAGUUUCUCCCUUAGCAGUAGAGCUGAUCCGUAAGAUGCUUCAUCCCGACCCCAACCAACGACCAUCCGUUGCGCAUGUGCUCGAGAACAAGUGGAUGAUGGGCAACGUGCAGCAGACUGCCGUGUUGGGAAAGACGCUCACGUCACUGAGGCGACAGAACAUGGCUAGGAAGUUCCGGGCAGCCACACGUCUGCUCAUGGCAGGUGGUCGAGUGGUGCGCAUUGCGCGGGCGAUGAAAGCGGAGGAGCUUAUGAUGGAUAUGGCAGGCUACGACAUACACCCCCAAGACAUCCUCAGCCUUAGCGCUGCCUUCUUUGCUGCCACCGGAGGGGGCCUGUACGUGGAGAAGAAGGUGUUUGGCCAAGUGAUGGCCACAGUACUGCAGAUGCACGACUAUGAAUUGGUCGAUGCCGUUUACGAUGCGUAUUGGGAGUGUGAGCGCCAUCAGGCUGCCAUCUCCGACCUCUCGGACACAGUACGCAACAAUGCUAGUAUCCUUAUCCAGCGAAGGCGCACCCUCUCAUACCUGGGAAAGUCUGGUAUGCACACCCAGAGCGACGGCAACCUGGUCAAAAACCGCCGGAACGACAACUCAGACGAAGUCAUUACCAACGACGCAACAGACAGUGUUUAUCCUGACAGUCAGUCACUCGGCUCAGAUGUCCUGGUUGUGGAAGAGGACUGGGAGGUGCCGUUGGGCGAGGGCCGAGACGCCACGCUUGUGGCCCAACACGUGGGGCCUCCCCGGCAGGGGAUCUGUUUGGACUGUGCCGAAGGGGAUAGACACUGUACGACACACACACAGACGCACGGGACUAUGGAGAUGGCGGAGGUGUCUACGCAGACGGCACCAGGCAAACUGGCUGACGCGCUGUGCUCCUGUGUGGACAAGGCAGCGUGUGUGUGCAAGGAGGUUGAGAAGGUGACCAAACAGGCGUGUGCAAAGGGCAAAAGUAAGGGUCUGGCCAUGGGCGCUACCAUGACCAUGCCUGAGCCCAAACGGUUUGAGGCGUUCGAUUCCGGAGAUGUUGCGGCCCCCAGGCAACAGGUAAAUGCUGACACGUUUGACACCAGUGACACCAAUGCGCAUUAUGAGACUCGUGACACUUUUGGCGCUAAUGACACUAUUGACACCAGUGAUGUGCGUGGCACCAGUGCGAGUGCAAGUGCGAGUGCGAGUAUUGAUGUGAGUCCAUGUGUAGAAGACACCACUCCCCUCCGCAACAACCCUAACAGCGCUGCACACACGCACCCCGACACCCACGACACGAAGGUGGCGCAAAGCAACAACACCAAUAGUCACGAUAUGCAACACAGUAGCAACCCAGCGAACUAUAGCAGCCAGAGUGUCAUCAGAGACACAGCCCCCGAGAAGGACGCCAGGGCGCAUGUGCUGGCAGCACCCACCAACCACGUCAGAAGCAAAGGCGACCCGUACACGCACGGACUCACCCACAGACACAACCCCAGGAACAAGCACUACACAGCCCCUACACACCGAGGCACUACCACACCCACGGCACACAGGUCUAUCAGCACACCAGACUUACACCACACACCCACACAACACCACACACCCAACACACACGUCAUACCCAGAGCAUCUACUAGUGCCCUCAACUCCGCCUUUGGCAUGCGCAAGCGCUGUGGGAGUCUGCGGUGGAGCAGGUCCAGUGAGCCGUUGAUCAGCCUGGACGAUAUAAGCGAAGGGGAUAGCGGGCGCAGCACAGACACAGUCGUUAGCCGCAGCGCAGCGGAUGGCGGGGGUAGGCGGAGGAGCUCAGGCACACACAGCGGUAGGGAUACUCCCACACGCAGGAACGUGCUACGGCAGAUGCUAGAUAGGGAGGGGGAGAUGUACCGGACAGGCAGCAGUGAUAUCUGUUUUAGCAGCGGGGCGGAGGAUGGUAACGACACGGACACCAGCAGCAUAGGCAGUUACCAUAGCAACGACGAGGGCGCGCACCCCCAGAGCCGGAGCGACUCGGUGGGGAGAAAGCUGAAGCAGUUGCCAUCGGCGUUGCGUACUGUCACCAAGAAGACGCCCACGCACCCACAUAACGCCUCAGAAGGACAUACGAUAGCCGUCGGUAUCAUCAGUGGAUCCUCGGCUGUCGAUGCCAUGGAUUGUGAAGCGGCACUCUCGUUAGUAGAUGCGUACAGCCACGAACGCCCCAGCGCACGGGACCAUACACGCACACACCCAAACAAACGCACCCGUUGUACCGAGCAUGCAGACACGGACGACGGUGGUAAGGCAAUGGACCAUGGAGACAGGGGGGCUUUCUCGGGGGCCAAUGACACUGAUGACGAGAGUUGUGUGUACAGUACAGAUGACAGCCUGUCAGGCGACGACGGCAGCGUGUCAGAUAUCUUUGGCAGCGAGCUCGACAUGUCGUACGCGGAUGACGCGUCUGUGUCGGAUAUGUCUGUCAGGGCGUCGGAUUUGUCGGAUAGAGUGUCGGAGAUGGGUGAUAGUGAGUCAGUGACACAGACCCGACCGCACAUCACACACACACACACACAUGUACUGCCACGGACAGCUAACGAAACACAACAGCACCCAGACACCGAGACACUCGGGCAAAUCCCACUGCCAUCUGACUCAAGCACACAGACCAACACCCCACCACCCCACACACACACCACCCCAUCCGCCACCACGCACACCAGGGUGUCUGAACGCACGGAUUCGCAGGCUUCUGUGCACGCAGAGACGACAACCUCAGCGCUUACGCCGUCGCAUACACCGGCAAUGAAGAAGGGCCGUGUGCCCGCUCGCAGUGUGGGGUUUGUGGCCACAGUCGCUGCGCACGACAGUGAGCUCGACGCGCACACCGUCGCUGUGGACGAACACCCGUACCGCUUUCUCCACAGCACCAACAGCACGAACACUCACACCACCGCAUCCGCCCACGCACACUCUCCCGGCACGCUUUCCGACACUCUGUUUCCGUAUAUGGGUGCGGUGGGAGGGGCGUGUGUGUAUGGUGUUCACGGGGCAUCUGUGUGUGUGUUGUUUCUGCUGGGGUGGGCUGUGUAUCUGGCUGUGGAGUACGGAGAGGUGUUCGGCUCGUCUUUAGGGCCGCAGCGCAAGCAACGUCGCACGCGUCGAGGCAGCAAGAAGGGUUUGGGGGUGUCGGAUGGCACUAUCAAUAGAUCGACGGUUUCUAAAAAUAGAUUGGUUGGUGGCACGCAGACGACUACUGGAAUACACCCGAGUGACUGUGUGCGUGGGGAGGGCGACGCACGCCGUCACCCAACUGCUCGCACACCAAGCACGUCCACGCACACUGACACAACUCUGCCACCCUCCACACCCACGCACACGCACACGCGCACGCGCACGACUGCACAGAAUGAUCCGACCGAGCCCUCUGGCGCCACCAAGAAAGAGAAGCCGGUUAUAGGCAUGUGCAACACCACCGACGCGCAGAAGGGCUUUGCUAACCGCAACCUCACACAUAUUGUGACAAAGAUGUUGGGUGCAGGGGGCAGCCACGAGACACACAGGCCGCCCGAAGCCAUGCACACACCUCCGGAAGUACGGGUGAACCGCAUGAGCGCCCCCAAUUCCAAGCGAGUGGGUGUGGACGAGCCAGGCCCGUCGAACCUGGGCUAUGGAGACGGUCGCCAUGGCAACUGCACGGGUAGCGCGGAGAUGGAAGGAGCGGUUGCAGGUGCGGAUGCCCAGACCCGCCGACUCACUCCGCUGCCGGAGAAGGACAACGACGACACGAACAAAGGCACGGCCAGUCGGAAGACCAGUGGCAUGGGCCCACUCAAGAGCAUACGCCCCUCGGCCAUGAGCAGACCCUCGGACGCUACGGUGCAGCAACGCCGCCAGACCCUCAUGCACGACCAAGUCAAGUGCAUCAACCACCUCAACUUCCUUCUGAGCAUCAGCGGCAAGCUGGACCUGCCCGUGCCCGUUAUGGCGCAGUUGUGCUUUGAUCUCGUCGACCGUGACCACACGCUGUUUAUUGACAAGCGCGAGUUCCGCGUGUUCAUUGAGAGUGUUCUGAUGAUUGUGGUGGCGGGCGACGUGGUGGACUUUGACGUCGUCGUGGACCGUGAGUUUGAGACGUGCGACAAAAGCGGCGACGGGCUGAUCAGCGUGUCGGAGUUUGUCAGCGCCAGCAGCCGCAGCACGCUGCUGAAGCGCUACCAGGACGCCCUAGCGCGCAUGUGGCUCACGAGAAACGAGUUGUUUAACUCGGAGCUGGAGACCCUACACCAGUCCGCUCAGGGCUGGGUGUCACUCAAUUUUGGGGCUCAGGGCGGAGGUGGACUGAUGAUGACCACAGGCCCAUGGAACAAGCGAUACAUCGCAUUGCACGACAGACGCUAUCUGAGUGUGUGGAAGAAGUACGAGGACUUUGCCUCGGGAGUUCUAGGAGAUAGGGUGUACGAGCUAUCGCCCGAGCACGUUGCCAUGACGAUGUUCAUCCCAGUGGUGUUGCCGAACUACGGCGACUAUAAGGUACAGGCGGGGCGUAUCAAGACGCGCCCCCGCAUCAAGCUGGCGUUCUCCGAUGGGGACUGUCUGAUUCUGCAGGCCAAGAGUCAACGCGUGAUGAAUAUGUGGGAGGACCUUCUGAUAGAGACAGGAAUCUCCCACUGGCGGAAACAAACGGUGAUUUAG